UCUUCACCCCUUUUCAUAUAUCUUUCUCCUACAGCUUACCUUUACCCUUUUCAUAUAUACAUCUUUCAAGGCUUAUUUACAUUCCAUUGUUCAUAUAGUUGCUCUCUUGCUGAAAUAAUGGAGAAUGAAAACCAGUAUCAGCAUGUUGCAGCACCAAAAUAUGACUGUCUUCUCUUUGAUGUGGAUGAUACCCUUUAUCCUCUGAGUUCUGGUUUAUCCAAAGCUUGCACCACCAACAUCCAAGAAUUUAUGGUUGAAAAGCUUGGGAUAGAAGGGGACAAAGUCUCAGAGAUAAAUCGUGUGUUAUACAGAAACUAUGGGACAUCAAUGGCUGGUCUCAGGGCUAUUGGCUACAACUUUGAUUAUGAUGAAUACCACAGCUUUGUUCAUGGGCGGCUACCUUACGAGAACCUGAAACCUGACUAUGUCUUGAGGAAUCUUUUGCUUAGCUUACCAAUUCGCAAAGUUAUAUUUUCAAAUGGGGAUGAGGUCCAUGUGGCUAAAGUUCUAAAGAAACUAGGGUUGGAGGGUUGCUUUGAAAGGGUUAUAAGCUUUGAUACCCUUAAUUCUACCAAUGGAAGCCAUAGUUCAGAUGAUGAAGAGAGCUCCAAGUUGAGAGACACAAGUGCUGAAAUCCUUGAUGCUAACAGUGGCCCUUCCACGCCAAUCAUCUGCAAACCCUUCAAAAAUGCAUUUGAACAAGCCUUCAAGAUAGCUAACAUCAACCCUCAAAAAACACUUUUCUUUGACGAUAGCAUCCGCAACAUACAAUCUGGAAAAGAAAUAGGGCUCCAUACUGUGUUGGUGGGCACUUCCCAUAGAACAAAUGGUGCAGACUAUGCAUUGGAGAGCAUACACAACAUCAGGGAAGCACUGCCAGAGCUGUGGGAAUCAGAUGCUAAGAAACCAGAAAGUGUGAAGCUUGCAAUUCAGACAUCAGUUAUGGCUUAAGCUGAUUUAUAGAUCACCCUAAACCCAGAUUUUACAAUUUCAGGAUCCCGUCUAACAUAUUUGUGCUCUUUUGAUCUGUAUCUAAAUCUUGCUCUCUUUUUUCAUGUUCCAAUGGGGAAUUUGUAUAUUUUCAGUUUAAUCAUCUAUCAAUAAUAAUAAUAAUAAAAGAAUAUCAUUGUUUCUUUUUAUUAUUAUUAUUUUUUAAUAAAAGAUCUGGCAUGUUUUUAUUA